UCGGCUCGACGCGGGAGGACGCGUCCACCCGGAGUCCAGGAAGCGCCUCAUCGGGCCGCCGACCCCGGGCGCGCGCCUCGCGACAUGCGGCCUCGCGCACGGCGCGACGCGCGCCGUUAAGCGCGCAACCGACGAGAGGGCAAUUGACCGCGACGACGAGAGGGCAGUCGACCGAGACGACGAGGGGGCAGUCGACCGCCGGCACCCGCCGUAUUCGGGACCCACCCCGCUGGCCGACAAGAUGGCGACGGGAGAGAGCAGAAUCCCGUCCUGCGCGACGAAGAAGUCCCUCUUGCCGAAGCGGAGGAUCUUGGGCACGGCCACGGAGACAAGGAGGCCCGUCGUCCUGCCCGGGUUCCCCAGGUUCGCCAUCCCCGAGGGACCCAGCACGUCGCCGAAGAAGUCCGCGAACCUGCUCGCGACCUCCUCGCCGAUGGAGACUGACCUCGACGAUAUCACGGUGUUAGAGAAGGAGAUUAAUUCCACGUUCGCACGGCCCUCGAUAUGGAACAAGGGAGAGGCCGUGGGGGACGCGAUUUCUAUCGACGGCGCAAGGAUCGAUGUUCGAGGAUGCGUCUUCUCGGAGCUACUGGCUGAGCGGAAGGAACCGACGUCCAGGAUAAGCUCCACUGGCGGAAUGGUCAACAGCACCUUCCUCGCGGAAGGUGAACUCCGUUCGACGAGCGCGGCCUUCGACACGAAGGAGAAGGAGGACGCCCUGAACGGGACCUACGUUCUGGGUAGCCAGUCGUUGAAGCAAGGGUCGCUCGGGGAGAAGAAAAUCUCGCAAACUAUGACGCUGUCUAAGUCGACCGACCACGAAGACGAGAAGAUCGACUCCGGGUCUCGGCGAAUCGGCGCGAAGGCCUUCGACGAGACUCGGAUUCUGACGUCCCCAGGAAGGUCCGGAGCAGGGUUCAGCGGAGGCAACGCAACGACCAAGACGAGAGUGCCGGAGAACGUGAUCUUCGAGCUGACGCGGAACCCCUUGUCGCACUCGGUGGCGAAGCGCCACCCUGUUGGAAUCCCCGCGCCCCAGGGGUCGGCCCUCGAGAGAAUGCAGAAUCGUUUGACCAAGCAACAGCAACAGCCCCAGCGACCUGGCGAAGUCGUACCGUCGCCAGCGCCGUUCCUAAAACCCGAGGAUCCCGCGUCCAACCGCUCGUCCACCGGCUCUCUGGGGGACUGCUUCGUUGGCAAGGGUUGCGGGGUCUCCCCGACGAAGCCUCCUACCGGACCAACGGCGUUAUUUACCCUGAACGAUACAUUUAUAAAAGAGAGAGCCUACUCGGCGGUCUCGGCGACUCAGCGACACGGUCGCGCCCCCGGUAGGGAGUUCUCUCGCGACCGCGUCUCCGUCGAGAACAAGGCCUUCGACCUAGCGAACGCGACUUUCGACGUGGACUCGAACCGCCUGCGCCGUGACUCUUCCAGGGCCUACAGCAGCAUACUCAGCGAGGAGGAGAUGAAGUUCUCGUUUUUGGAAGGCCGCGGCGCGGUGUCCAGCUCGUUUCUAAAAGAUCUGAGCGCAGCGGGCGAGGCCUCCACUGUCGGCCACCCGAAUUCCGCCAUGGCGGCGGCCAUGGCGGAACGUCGCGCCGCGGUAGAGGGCUCUGCGGACUUCCUGGGGCGGCCAGCGGGCCCGGACGUCGUCGAGCUGUCCCUAGAAAAGAUCUUCAAGUCGAGGGUCAACGAGAUGACGCGCAGCUCCGCGCAGUCGGCUGGUAUCAAUGCGGAGCCCCUGCGAGCUGCCUUCACCUGGGCCAGGGGCGCUCUCCAGGGCGUCUCGCAACUGGACAUGGACCAGCGACGACUCAACGCGCCUUUCCGGCACGGCGUCACCCUGGGCGACCCUAGGAUGGAUCAAUCCACCAGUCCCACUGCCCUGCGGCAGGCUGAGUCGCUGCGCCUUGCAGGGGAGCCGCUGACGCCCACCGCGCCCCCCGGCGAGGGCGCCGACCUCAGGGACCGGGAGUCCGUGUGCCCCUCGUCCCUGGACUUGUUCUAUGACUCCAAGUGCACCGACAUCGCCGCCAUCGGCCUGGCGGACAUCAGCUCCGGUCCCUACAGCCUCUUGGAGCUGACCGGCGCUGCCGAAUCCCCUCUGGAAAAGGAGGAGGACGACGACGAGGAGGACCUGGAGUGCGCCGCGCCGCCAACAAAGGGUGCCACCAUCGCGCCGCAUUAUCUCAUGCUUAACAAGCAGAACUCCUUCGAGCAUGACGAGAGCUUGGGGAUACUGACGCCGGAUCAGAUGACCGAUUUCACGAUGGCCAUGGAGUCCUCUAGGACGCCAUCUUGUGAAAAUCUCCCCGGCAUCGGGACCACCCCUGCGAGGACCACCCUGGCGGGCAGGUCGGAGAUGUCUGCCAGGAGACCUUCCGAGGUCGCCGUCUCUGUUACCUACGAGGAAGGCAACAACGAAGCCUCCUCGUUCGUUGAAGAGACGGCGACCUCGAAGGUCGAGAGGACCUCUUCUCCGGAGGAAUUACCUCUGGAUCCGAGACCCGUGGUCGAGGUCGCAGAGGUCGGCGAACCAGGCGAGGCAGGAGAGGCGGGCAGAAGCGUUCCCGCGAGCUUCGUCACUUCCGUCACCAGCAUUACGAGCCUAGAGGCGGGGUACCAGGGCGACGGCGAGAAUUCCAGGCCCGCGAGUCGUGGGGCAGAUCCGCCCCCGGAACUCGUCGAGCCGGCCCCGGAACCCGCGGCUGACGUCCCCGCGGCCUGCCGGCAAGACCCGAUGACGGACUCGGACUUCUUCACGGAGAGCGACGCCGACGCCCACGAGGAGAUCGGCAAGGGCGACCGGCGCGCCCAGGUGAUCGACGGCACCCUCUUCUGCGCACCCGGGGGCCGCAGGUGCCCUAGCUUCACCGGCGAGGAGAUGGACUCCAGCGGGAUCUACUCGGAUCUGGACAAGCGGCAGGACGAACGGGUCCAGGAAGAUGCGUCCUUGGCCCUGGUGGCACCUCCUCGCAGCAAAGGGGGUACCCCGGACACCGCCGAUUCCAUCUCGCAGAAGAGCCAACUCUCGCCAUCCGGGAAGCCAGAGCUAGUCAGGGUCAUCACGGAGUGCCUCCAGGUACCGCCAAGCACUCUCGACAUCUCGGUCGACUCCAACAGCUCGGUGAAGACGUUGGAACUGACCGUCGUCGAGUCGCAGCACGACAAGUCCCCGCCGAAGGAAUCGGUAAAGUCGGAGAGCGUCCCCCUGAAGAAGUACAAGAUGCCGAAGAAGAACGUCGUGUCGAAGAUUAAGGCAAUGAUCGAGUCCGGCCCGAAGGAGGAGGCCGAAAAGGACAUCGCGUGGCGGACCCAGAGGAUCCCCAGGAAGACCGGAAGGUGGGACGAGGUCAUGAGCAAAAUCGAGGCUGGGAAGACCGAGCAAAGGUCCAGACCUCCGCGGAAGGAGAUCAAGUCGAGGAUCCUUCAGAAUCUGGGACCGGCGUCCUCUUCAACGUCCUCUUCGUCGUCCGCCACCUCGAGGAGAACCGCUAACGACAACAGCAGCAAGAGCAAACGAAGAACGAGAGGUAGACCCGAGGGGACAUCUUCGGCUCGCGAAACCGCCCACAGUUCCGUGCACAGCUCGAUGAGCGACUUGAGCGGCGCCACCGGAAAGGACAUUACAAAGAGGUCCCCUUGCGCGUUGGAUUCUCAGAGGAAGACCCCCAGUACGAGGACGAACCAGCAAGCCUGCACCAGCAACGUGGAUGUGAAGAGAAGCUGCCUGGACUCGGGGAAAAAUAAUCCUGAUAAAAGCCCGACCGUGCCGCGAAAGCCGCCGGUCUCGAGGAGGCUGUCGUGCAACACCUCGCCGAAGACUCUUCAACAUGGAACCUCUGUGCUUACCAAGGAUCGAGCCUCGAAGGACAGCACCGCCGGCAGCGCCAACUCGUCGGCGAGCAGCAGAAGCUUGGUGGAGACCCAGGACCGCGGCGUGCAGACGGAGCCCUCCUACGAGAGCAUAUAUCUGCGGCGGGCUGACCUCUCCGUCCAGGCCCUUUCCGUCAUCGUCCAGUACCUCGCCCACCGGCUGGACGGGUUUUCCUCGCCGAAAUUGCGGGAGGAGUUCCAAAAAAUGAAGACCGAGUGGACCGCGGCACGUGUCGAGGUCGAAGAGUUACGUGCCAGGCACGCGGAAGUCAAGGAAAAGCUCGACGUGCAGCGCGCGGAACAUCAGCGAGCGGUGGAUCUGCGUAAAGAUUUGGAGUCCCGACACGCACAGAGGGUUUCGGAGCUGGAGGCGAUCCUGGAGGACGAGAGGGCGAAGUUCGACGUUCGGUUGAGAACGUCCUUGAGGGAUUCGGCGGCAGAGCAGGAGGCCCUGGUGACGAGGCUGCGCGCUGAGCACGAGGCCGAAGCAGCGCGCAGAGAUGCCGAGAGCGACCGGCGUUCGGCGGUGCACGACCAGGGUGCAGCCCUGCGCGCCGAAGUGGAGUCCCUCAGGUCGGUCCUGGACAUCAGAAGCCAGGAGAUAGCGGCCCUAAGAACGGAGCUGGUGGGCCUGAAACGUGAGAUAGAGGUGAAGGAGGCGCUGGAGCAGCGGGCCGAGACCCUGGAGGCGCGCUGCGAGGACCUGAAGGCUCAGCUGCAGACGAAGGACUCGUUCGAGCGGCAGAUGGUGCACGAGAACAAGCUUCUUCUGGAGUCCUUCCACCAGGAGUCGAAGCAGAACAAGCGGCUCUCGCAGCUGAACGAGGAGCUCCAGUGGAGGUUGCGACACAACAACGAGGUGGUGACCGUCCUGGCGAACCAGCUGGCCUCCCCGCCCCAGCGACUGACGCGUUCCCUCGGUCCUGAACGCAUAAACCACGCGCACUCGCCCGACGACUCCCCGCCAGGAUCGCCGAUGAUCAAGUCCAUGGUCGAGAAGGGAGACUCGGUCUCCUGGACCCUGGAGAUCGAGGAGACGCCCGAGGCGAUGGCCUCUAGGCUGCUGCGCCGAUCGGGCUCGGGCUCGACCUCGGCCCCAGGGGUGCCCUCUCGAGGUGGCACCAGCGGCAGCCCCGGUGAGUUCGGCUCGAAGCGGCACGGACCUGCGACCUCUAGUGCCGCGGCUUCCACGGCUCAGCCCAUGGGCGUGAAGCUGGCGCCCGGAGCUGCGACCGUCUCCAGGCAGAGUUCGCUGAGAUCGACCACCCAGCGCGCGGUGGUCCUCAGGACACGGUCCAAGAGCGUCUCUGUCGGCGACUCCAAGCCGGACUCGUGGUCGCCGAAUUUCAACUCGACCCCGGUAGUCCGUAGGAGACCUAGAAGUGACGCCUCCGCGAGCCCGGUCGCGGUCGCCGCCGCAGCGGCCGCUGCGGUCGCCGCUGCGGCCGGCAGCAACAGCACCGGGGACUGCAGCCCCACGUCGGGCCCCAAGCCCCAGGAGGCUGGCGGGGAAGCCAUGAUCUCGGAGGAGACCUCGGCCUCCAGCAGCGAGGACGAGUCCUCCGCCAGCAGCGACAUUCCCAGGCUGGCGAUGGAACUCUCGUGGAGCGAGUCCGAGGGUUGACUCGACGAAGAAGCUGCCCUAAUGACGAAGAACCUACCUUCAUCGACCUCGUCACCGCGGACGCGGGUCGUCGACACUUGUGAUCGGCCAUAUUCAGUUGCGCUAAUCGCUCGCGGGUCGAUAACAACCAUAACCGGUCGAAUUUAAUCGCGCUAAUCGCCUUUUGGAUCGUUAACAUCCAUAAUCGGCCGAAUUUCAUUGCACCAACCGCUCUUGGAUGGGCGACACUCGUGAUCGGGCAAAUUCAAACGCGCCAAUUAUUCUCAGAUAAACGAGGACUGGGCGUCGCCUGGUAUCGUAAUUCCCACAUCGGAAACCUCGCGGAUGGUAAUUCCACCCGGUGCGACGAGUAUUUGUGGUACUUUCAAAGUCCUAACCGCAAGGAACAUUCGCGAGGUGUCUAUGUAAUCGUCGACGCUUAGUUCAAUACCGAGAGGCCAGGUGGCGCUCGAGUUUGGGGCGACCGAGGCGCUCGGAACCAGGGAGAGGCAAGAAGCGGAGAUUCUCCAGGACUUCGACCCUAAAUCGCUGCCGUUUGAGAGCGCUGCAGACGCUGGCGAUACCAGUGGUCGUUGUUUAGCCACAGGACGCGGAGAAAACUCGGCAGCGGUCGACAAAUGUGGAAGUGAAACCCGGAAUGUGUGAAAGUCGGAGAAGAGGGGAUCUUCUGGAUUCCGAUAUCCGUUUCUAACUGGAAGAACUGGUCGGCGAAGAGUCGCGGUAUUUCUAUGUAGGGAAUUUAUUGUAAACCAGAGACUAACGCGGUGUCGGUAAGAGGAGCUGCGCGGUAGUUGCGGCAGUGGCCGCGCGCGGCGCUAACGUUGUCGCGCAUUUUCCAGUGUCCUCGAGGAACUGACGAAGAAACUGCGUUCUAGGGCCGAACCUGCGCCUUUCAACGGGGAAGAUGAAUCGAAAAACUGUGGGAAAACGUCCCAAGAGACCGGAAGAAGCAGAGGAAGCCGAAAAGUACCCUUCCUGGGUCCCUGUUCGACCUCCACCGUCGCGAUUAGCUGCGUGCAACUAAAUCCCGACAUUGGUGAACUAAACUUGAACUUUAGCGAUUAGUAGUUAGGGAUCUAUGACCGUCGACUAGCGAGUAUGAUAGACAGCGUACGCGGUCGCGGUCGACAAGGACUAAAUGCAGUAUUACGUUAUCGUAUGUAAGUCGCGUCGUAUGAGCGGAAUCGUUUUUUCGACGUCCAGAUCGAGCUCGGGUCGUCGACGACGUUACAUGCCACAUGUCAACGGAUCUAGUAUUUACAAAGUGCAUGAACUCGUUUGGAUGUUGGCGGUAGAACGUGCGGAGUGUUCCUCGGAAUGGACACCUCGUGAAUUUCGGUUUUUAAUCGCUGGAUAACCUUCCUUGGAGAGGUCGUCGAGUAGUUAUCGCGAAUCUGCGACGACCUGGCGGGUUUUUAUUUUCGCUGGCUCGGUUCUCUUCAUCGACUGCUCUCAUCUCUUAUUUGCAGUGCACUGUGGCUGCUCGUUAUCGGUUAUCGGUAUUCACGGCGUUUGUAUCGUUUCUCCGUGUAUAAAGCUCGGGAACUGUUCCUCAAACUAUAAAGUCACUUGUAUUCGUUAUUCCGUUACGUUGUUGCGUUUACGUUGUAAUCUGGACACUUCCACCGUAAAGUAUGUACGUAGCGCGCAGGUCUACGGGAGAUUUCGUCGGAUGUGGUUGUGGAUGUUGGUUUUCUCUAUUUUAUUUCUUUUUGUUCUCCUUUUCUGUUACCUAUUCCGACUUCGUCGCCAUCGUCUCGGGGUGUCCAGCGGUCCCAGUCCUAGAAAUAUCCGAGUAUAAUGAGCCACGAGUAUGUUAUAAAGGUAGCAUUGACAUUACCCGCAAUUUUGCAAGUUGACUCCGUAGGUUCCACUUUCCAUUUAUUUAUUUCACUGCGCGGAUCCCCAGGCAGCGGCUCCUAGCUUUAAGGUGAUUUUAUGUUAAAACGUACUUGGAGGUUUGAGAACACGAAGGAGAAAUAAAGUGUACUGUGCUCGUCUUUAGA